CCACGACCUACAAACGAAAAGCAAAGAAGAAACCCCCUUUUCAUCCCGAGUUUCCAAGCUCAUGUGGGUGGAAGCUCUUGCAUAUCAACUUAUAUGUGGGAGAAACAUCGACAGACGGCGGAAAUGAUAGCAAAGGUCAACGUCGGUCCGUCGGACACGAUCAAGACGCUGUCAGUCUGUCUCACAUUCGACACAGACCAUGAGAGGAGUAUGGACCACGAAGGGCAGUUGCUUAUCACGAUGUCGAGACUCAGCACUGAAGACUCAGGCCAGCAACUAAGAGUCGUUAAAAGUGGAGGGCGGGGAGAAACAAGUCUCCCCUCCCCUCUCGCCGCUCGGGCCAGGUCUCACAACGAUGCCCCGACAAGUCAAUCGUUACCCAAGGCCCCUACUCCCGGUCAAUGGUCAUCUUUUGGCGAGACUCUUUCGUCCUCAAUUUACCGGUUGGAGGACUUCCUCAUACUCACUUCUACCUCGUUUACCAGGGUCAACUUGAUACGCCGCACCCAACACAAAUACAGACAGCCCGUAGUAUCAAACAGAGUUCAAACUUGUCCUACUCAGCUCGUCUUCCGCUGCGCCAGAUCUUGCCAAAAUUGGAAGCGCGAGGCCCAUGUUCUCAACCUCUGGAUCAAAGCACACAACAAACACGAGCGCACAAACACCCACCUCGGCAGUAUACACAGAGGUAGCACCUAUUUCACUAUCCGCAACUCGCCAUCCGGAAGCGCUAUUCUCCUCCUUGUAGCACUUUCCCCUCAGUCCAGCCCUCGUAACUCCGCGCGCUAG